UUCGCGCCACUUUCAUUUCCCUUCCUAUUCAACACCGUCGUUCAGCCACCGUUGCUCCGCCGGUGAAAAUGACUCCCCGUCACAAACGACCAUCAAAACCAUUCGUUUCACCACUAUCCAACCACCAAUCCAAAAUCCCCAAACACAACCAAAACGACACCGUAUCAUCUUCAUCAUCACUUGAACAUCAACAACCGCAAUCAUCAAAAACCCUAACUACUUCAAUAGAUAAAAUGAUUUCAAUACUUGCAGAUGCUGGAUGUACAUUAAUCAAUACUCCUGGUCCCCCUUUCCUUCCGUCUGACCUACAUAAGUUACGAAACUAUCUACAAACUCGCUUUUCGUCUGAUUCCGAUCUCCGGUCGCAGUUCCUCGCUGGCUUUUCCGCUUACAUCGAUACCGAAACUCACCUCCGCAGGGUUUUAUUACCUUCGAAUCACGAUAAUUCGAAUAACAGAAGAGGUGAGAGCUUAGUUAGGGUGUUAUUGUUGGUUCCGGUGAUUCAGUUGAGUGUUCAGAACAUGUUGCUUGAGAAGCUUCCGGAGUAUUUUGAUAACGAUAAUUGUGGAAGUUUGUCUUCGUCGACUCUGCGUUUGGAUGAGGACGUGGCUAGGUUGAUAUUGAAUCAGUUUCGUUGGCUUGACUUUUUGGUGGACUGUGAGGCUUUUACGGAGAAUUUGUUUCAAGUGUUGUCGAUCUGUCCUCCUCAUUUGAAGAGAGAGAUUAUUGGAUCGUUGCCUGAGGUUAUGGGGGAUAGUAAUAAUAAAACUGUGGUUGAUUCACUUGAAAAGGUGUUGCAAGAUGAUUCUACUGCCACGGUUGCUGUUAUUGAUUGUUUCUCGAGUCUUAACUUGGAUGAACUAUUACAAGAUAAGGUUAUAACAAUAGCACUAUCAUGUAUACGGACGAUUGAAGCAGAAAAGCUGCCUUAUUUACUUAGAUUUCUGCUUCUUUCUGCCACACAAACAAACGCCAGAAGAAUAAUCUCACAGUUCCGUGAUCAGUACAAGCUGGUUGGAGUCUUUGAUACUCGUUCGACCCAACACAAUAAAUCUAAGGGAAAAUCAGUCAUAAAUAAUGUUGAGGCUUCCGUUCUCGAUGCUUUGGGGUCCAGUCUCCGUUUUAAAAAUAUACUAUGCCAGGAAAUACUAAGAGAACUUCAAUACAUUGAUAAACCCCAGGAUCAUAAAGUGAUUGACAUUUGGUUGCUGAUUCUUAUUUUCAAAAACUGUGAAUCCAUGCAAAAGAGUGUUGAAAAGCUUUUAAAGAAGAAAAUCAUUGAAGGCUCAAUCCAGGAUGUACUGUUUGAGCAAUGUAUAUUUGGUAACAAGGAAUUGGUAAAGGAUCACUUUUGCUCCUUUUUGCUAUUGUCGGAAUACUUAUUGGCCUGUAAAGAACAGACGGCAAGUAAAUUUGGGAUUCAGAUGUAUAAGUACCUAUUUGAGGGAUUUCCCGAUACUUACUCAAGACAGGAAGUUUUAGGGGCAUUGGUCACUCAUGUCGGUUCUGGCAUUCCAUUUGAAGUCAGUUCAGCUUUAGAGGCUAUGGUAUUGCUAGCCUCCAUGUAUUCCCAAGAACUAAUUCCGAUUUCUUCUCACAUAACUGGUAUAUUAGAUUAUAUGGAAGGGUUUAGCACUGAAAACCUGCAUAAGGCAUACGAUGUUUUCUGUUUUUUAUCACGGUCUGCACGGUCUAACACUGAGUCGUUCCGGUCAUCUAUAGCUAAUGAGCUUUUCAUGAUAGUCAGGAAGCAGGUCAGUAAUCCAGAAUUUAAGUACAAGAAAAUGGGUUUGAUUGGAACCUUAAAAAUAUUGUCUCAUCUUGGAAAGACAGAUGAAAAUUCUGACUCAUCUUCAUCACAGAAGUUGAACUAUGAGGAGUCUCUAGAACUUAUGAAAACAUCCCUGGACUCAUGCCAACAGUUACCAAUAUCAUUAAUUCUUUUUUAUGAUGAACUAUCUGCAAUUCUCAGUUCAAAAACUCUUCAUACAGCAAUCAUGGAACGGGUUGGCCAACUUGUUGGAGAGUUUGAAUCCGUGUUUUUAUCAGAUAUAGAAGAUGGGAAGUUGCCUGUUUCUGAUUUGUAUUGUGGCCUUGAGGGGGAGCUAUGGAUGAACCUGGAUGGAGAUAUAUCUCCAAUUUGCAUGAACAUAUUGUCGCUGGCCUCCUCUUCAUCAAGCUCAGCAUCACUACAAACUCUUCCUGCUAACUUCCGUUUGCUUUCUGUGACGGAAAGGUUGGGUAAUCAGGGAUCUCUUGGCGGAAUUGAUGCACUUCUUGGCUGUCCUAUACAUCUUCCUUCUUCUAAGCUUUAUUUGGAAUCUUGGCAGUCAUUAAAUAGAAAGCAGAAACAUGUUGCCUGCCUUUCUCUUUAUCAUGCAAUUAAUUGGAUCAGAGAGCUACUCAAUGCCUUUGGUGCACAAGUUGCUGGAAGACAUGACUGCAUAAGCCAAGUUACAACCGAGGAGAUGGUCACCAAGAUCUUGAAACGCUUGAAGAACCUUGUAUUUCUCGAGAGCUUGUUGAAUCAUGCUCUUAAAGAAUGUCCUAUGUCGUUACCCGAGCUUUCCUCAACAUCCUCACCAGGCCAUCCUACUCGUGUUGAAAAGAACUCAGAGCAGAUAAGAACGAAUCAGGAAUCUCCUCAAAACAGCAAGAGAAAGGAUAAAAAGUCCUCAAAAUCUCUAAAAAAUUCGGGAAUCCAAGGAAAUAACACCACUCAGCUUACAAUUGUUGAAACAUGGAAGAAAGCGGGUACCAUAAGCCAAGAGGCUGCAAAUGAACAUUCUACUGCCAUGGCCUCUAAAAGUGGUCCAUCUGAGUCAGCAACAUGUUUUACCAGCAACUCCAGUGAAUCGGUAGAUACUUGUAUUGAGAUUUCUGAACCUCCAAAGCUUCUAGAAGCUCAAAGAUACAAAUUUAGACCUCUUUCGGUCGAUUGCUUCUCCAUUUUGUCGUAUUCAAAGGAUCUUGGCUCUUGCUGUGCAGAUUCUACUUGUGAGUUACCUGUGUAUCUUUAUCUUCUGCGGGAUCUCCAUAGCAAGCUAGAAAUUUUUAGUCCUAAACCAACAUCACCCAGAUCGUUGAGCACUCCUGGUUUAAGUGGAAUAACAACAGUUGAAUUUGUAAACAAGAUUCAUACAUUGUUUCCGACUCUCAGGAGACACCUCGAUUCUGCUACAUCAUUACUUGAACAAAUACUUUUAGGUUCUGAAGAAUGCCAAGAACAUUGGAGGGAUCAAUCUUCCAUGGCUGGUAAUCCAGAAAUUCCUAACAUGGUAGUUUCUGUAUAUUCUGUUUCGAGAUUUUACGUGAAAGAGACGCUUUAUUGCUUCAGCAAGAUGUUAACCUGCCCAGAUCUUAUACUGUCAAGACAAUCUGUUCUCUUGGAUCUGCUCAAGUCUUUUCAGCCCAAAAAAGUCUCUGAUAUUGGGGGUAUGCAGUCUCUAUCAUCAACAGGAGACAUAGAUUCCUUAUAUGGAGGUGUUUAUGCAUUUCUGGAAGGAGUUUUGGAUGUAGCACUCUGUUCCUCAUUUAUGCUUGCUUCUGAAGUGGUACUGACAUUGGAGUCGGUGGUUACAUCUCUCCAAAAAGCUCUUGACAAGCCUCUGGAGGGAAUUGGUAAACAUAAACUGACUGUAAUUCAAGAACUCCUUGUCACUUUGCAUCACAAACUCAGCUCUUCUGCUCAUAAAGUAUUGAGUCAUGAUUGGGAUAAAGACACAGAAAGUGGCUGGAAGGGGAAAGGGGAUAUGGUGCAGAAGAUUGUUCACAUUUACUUGGAAAAUUCUGCGACCACUUCUGAAUCACUGGAUGAACUUGCAUGCUCGAUUUUGCCUAUGGUACCUUCUAUAGGCAGAUCAAAUGAGGAAUAUAACCAUGGUUUUCCGACUCUUUGUUCCUCAACCUUUUUAGUGUGGUACAGAGAGCUGCAUGAGCAAAACCUCAUUAUACUUGGCAAGCUGAUUAAAGAAGCUGUUCAAUUAUACAAAUCAAGGGCUACUCCUCAACCAAGUGAGGUGAAAAUGCUUAUGGAGAAGCUCCACCAAUCUGUAAAUGUAGUUGUAUCCUUGAUAAAUAUUUGCAGGACUCAUGACAAGGUUACCAUUCACACAAUGGCCGUCAAGUAUGGUGGGAAGUUUGUUGACUGUUUCCUAAAAGUGUUUGAGUUUUUAGAAGCACAUUUUCAGGGCCACAAUCAGCUUAUCAUUCAACUGUUUAAGGACUUCCAGAUGGGAACAAGAACAAUACAAACAUUAUGUUCAGAAGCAAAGGGCUUGAAACAAACCAGUAUCACUAGUAAAAUUCCUGCCACCAAGAGAUCUUUAGAACGCUUUCUAUUUCGUGUUAAGGCUCUUCUCCACUCUUCAUCAAGUGGAUGCACCUUCCGACUUGGCAACUUGAAGCACAAAAACUUGAUAGGACAAGUAGUGAGCUCUCAGGCAUAUAUAGAUGAUCAACAUGAAGAUAAUACCGAAGACUUUGUUGGCACUGCUGAGGAUGAAACAAUGAGAAAUUCAGAGAUUGAGGAUGAGAUGGUGAGAAAUUCAGAGCCUGAGGAUGAAAUGGUGGGAAAUCUGGAUGAUGACGGAGAAACAGAAUAAAACAAUGAAUUGUCAAAGCCCAAAUAUUUGCUGAUAAAACUGAAGCUCUCAUGGAUAUGAAACAUCCAUUCGAUGAUCCAGGAGGGUGACGAGUCUAUAGCCUUGUACAUAUUUCUGGUUGAUAUUAAUUUUUAGUAUUACAAUACUUCAUAUGUAUAGUUUCAUAAGAGAAUAUUGCCUUCUGAUCUUGAUAAUUUCUUCUCUUAACUAUAACAAUUUUUGCUUUGUAAUAGCUACAUCUAUACCGUAUGGUUAUUUAAAUCUUUUAUGAAA